AUGGUCACAGGAAAUGGAGACUUUCGAUAUCCGCCCCUUGCAGGCGCGCAUGAUAUCCCCAGCCGACGCAGGAUCCCGAACCCUCCCCGCCUAGAUCCGUUGAGACUUAAUCCUCCCUUUCCACGCCCCUCGACCGCCGACGGCGUUCGCCCUCCUCCCUCUCAACGCCCCCCCGUGCCUUCCCCGCGACUGCACCCUGCACAGGUGGCUGCUGCUGAUCCAUCAUGGCGCUCCCCUUCGCCUCAACCCAGAGAUGAUGAUUAUUUCGUCCCCCGCAAGCCCGCCCUUCGUACGCCAACAUUCCCGGUAUCACCAGGUCGUCGUCCGGGAUAUCCUUCCAGAGAGACUGAAUUCGAUCGCCCACCGCCCCGGAAGCUUCCGCCAGGCGCACCAGGAUUGCGCAUCUCCAUGUCUACCUCCAAAUUGCACAAUCGACGCCAACGGCCCCCUCGGUCACGAGAACGGUACCCAGAUGAUGCGUAUGGAUUGGCAUUGCCUCGCGUCGUGCCUCCGGGGAGCUAUGCAGACGCACAUGGAGAUGAUGCACUGCGAUCUAGUAUCAACUCCGCCAUGACCUCGCGAUCCAGCAUCGAGCAAGCCAGCGGAACUGAGCGCAGUAGUGUUCUCACCAAGAGUAGUUCGAUAACCGACCUGUCUCCUGACACGCCCGAUGGGCCUUGUGAAAAAGAUGGGGGCAUGAGUGUGGAAGAUGCCAUUUCCAUGUACCUCGACGGUUUUAGCGAUGUGACGGAGGAACCUGGGACGCCAGAUAUAUAUGACGACGAGAAAGUCAGACCGUGGAGCCCAUGCCCGCCCACGGAAUAUACGCUCGAUGAUGGUCAUACUUCCGAUGAGCAUUCGCCCGAUAUGGACCCUACUGAGGAUCUUCCGCCUGUACCACCGCUCCCUGAGCUGAGUGCUCCUGUACGAGGGCCAUUAAGCGAUCGCCAUGAGGGGGAGGAAGUUCCACCUGAAGAGCCACCCGUUGAGACACCAUUGAAGUCACCCGGGUCCGAGCGUCAAGAAAGAAAGGUCGUGCUGCCCGGAGUGGUGCCUCCGCCCCUCCUGUUGGGAACGGACUCGCGCGAUCGCUACGGGUUCCGAAAGGCUACCCAUCAUGUGACGCUUGCCCAGUGGGAGGCGUGGAACAGCUCAUACUCCGACUUUGCCGCGACCCAGCGAAUCAAGUGGGUGGAACUGCUCCGCCAAAAUCGGCUGCCGAUCACAGAUCCGAUCUCCUUCCCGCCAAAAUCAAACAAAGUCAAAAAGUUUGUGCGCAAGGGAAUACCUUCGGAGUAUCGAGGAGCCGCCUGGUUCUUCUACGCUGGCGGGUAUGAGCAUCUGAACCGGAAUCCCGGGCUCUACGACCAGCUUGUCCGGCAGGCCAUGGAUUCCCCAAGCAACGACGACAAGGAACACAUUGAACGCGACUUACAUCGGACGUUUCCGGAUAACAUCCACUUUAAACCUGAAUCGGUCGAACAAUACGGAGGCUCCAGCGCUGGCGCUGGAAGCAGCAACCCGAAACACGAGUCCGUGACGGUUGAGACAGAGAUGAUCCAGUCGCUCCGGCGCGUGCUGUAUGCAUUCGCGGUGCACAACCCCCAGAUCGGAUAUACGCAGUCGCUAAACUUCAUCACGGGGUUGCUGCUGCUGUUCAUGCCGGAAGAGAAGGCGUUUUGGAUGCUGCACAUUAUCAGCUCGGUGUAUCUCCCAAGCACGCACGAGAUCAGCUUGGAGGGCGCUAACAUCGACCUGUGGAUUCUCAUGGUGCUGCUCAAGGAGACGUCGCCACAUUUGUACAACAAAAUCGGGGGCGGGCUCGGUGGCGGCUCGCGGGCGCCCGCGCUGACGGUGACGUCGCGGCUGCCGGACAUUACGCUCGGGCUGACGAACUGGCUGAUGUCGGUAUUCAUCGGGACGUUGCCCCUGGAGACCACACUACGGGUGUGGGAUGUGUUCUUCUACGAAGGGUCCAAGACGUUCUUCCGCGUGUCACUAGCCAUCUUCAAGUCGUGCGAGCGAGAGAUCAUGGCAGUGUCGGAUCCAAUGGAGGUGUUCCAGGUGGUACAGACAGUGCCGAAGAAGCUGCUGGACGCCAAUACUCUGAUGGACGACUGUUUCGUGCGACGACAUCGGGUUGGACAAGGCCGCAUUGACGAGCUGCGCGCCGCGCGACGGGCAGCAGUUCGACACGAGAACAUGCGGCGGUCGCGGGCGUGGAACAAAGGGCAGAUCCAGGCAGCGACAGACGAGUGGCCAGGACGAUCGCGAACACCUAUCCCAGGCAUCGAGCGCAAGAUCGGGGAUUCGUGGCGACACAUGCGGAACCAUGCAUUUCGGUAG